UUAAGCAUCACCAUUCUGCUUCUCGCAGAGAUCCCAGGGUCUCCCUGUUUGCUGAAGCUCCACUGCUCCCUUUUUCUUUUUGGGGAACUGCCUGCUCCCUUGUGCCAAUGGACAACGCAGCAUUUGAGAUGCAUGAAGGCACCAUCCCAAAUGGUUCCUGUCCAGGGAAGAUGAGCGCCAUCCCCAGAAUGGAAAAGAAGAAGCAGUGGUCAUUGAUGAGUGUUUUCCUGGUGUGUCUCUUGGCCUGCACCGUUACCACAGCAGUGGGAGUCCUGAUCCUCUCCUUGGUGUAUAUCAACAACCCUCAGCCCCAUUCGGAACCCAAACCACAGACAACAAUUCCGACACUGCAAAAAGCUGUUGACCCCAAAUUCCAGUUUCUUAAUCAUUUACCUAAAUCCAAGGUGUUUGAGUUCUCUGGUGGUGAAAUCCAGUGGGCCCGGUACAGGAACAAUAUCAAAGAUUAUCUCAGCAUUGAAGAAGAGGCCUUUGGCAGCAGCCUGAACAGCCAGAGAUCACAGAUGACUCUGGGGACCCUGAGAAUAAAAAGGAAUGGCCUCCGUGCCCCUCACUGGCACUUUAAUGCAAAUGAGCACGGCUAUCUCGCACAGGGGACGGCGUGGAUCGGGGUGGUUGACGAUGGUCAUGUCGUUACCACGUACAAUGUUACAGCUGGCCAAGUGAUCUUCUUUCCUAAAAACACGCUUCACUGGAUAAAGAACGUGGGCAACGAAGACUGCUAUUUCCUGCUCUUCUUUUCCACACACGAUGAACUUCAGACGCUGGAUGUUGAUGAUGUCUUUUUUUCUACACCCGAGGACAUUGCUUCCAGGUCACUUAAGCCUGAAGGCGGAAUCAGUUUUAUUAGGUCAUUCCAGAAGCAAAAAGAGGACCAGGCCGUCAACCUCCCUCCCAACCUGGCAGACCUGGUUAUGAAUGCCAAUUAUGCACAGUCUCCAGACAGCCUCGUGUGGAGAUACUUUUAUGACCUUAAAGGUUCAAAAGAGUAUCGAUUUCCAGGAGGAAUAAUACAGCUGGCACAAUAUUGGAAAAAUGAAAGUGGACUAAGCAAUAAUGAAAAAAUUUUCAGUAAAUUCCUGAAUCAGCAUCAAAAUGCCCUCAGUUUGUGUACACUCAGGAUUUACAACAAUGGACUGAGACAGCCUCAUUUCCAUUUUAAUGCAAAUGAAAUGGGAUAUGUAAUAAGUGGUUGUGCAAAGGUGGGCAUUAUUAAUACUAAGGGUACCACGGAGUUUGAUAUUCACGUUGGCGAUGUGAUAUUUUUCCCCAUUGGAACCCAGCAUUACAUCAAGAGUGCCUGUGACGAGGAUUUGCUUUUCAUUCUUGCCUUCAGCACCAGAGACCAGCUACAAACCCUUGACAUGGACGACUACUUCCAGGCCACGGCAGACCACAUCCUGGCCCAGCUUUUCUUCAAGAAACAAAGUGAGUUUAAGAAGAUCCCCAGAUUCAACGAGGACCAGGCAAUCAACCUGCCUUAGGCCUGCUGAUGAGUUCAUGUCUGUUCUUCAUUUGUUACCAUUAUUUUUAAAGAAGGUCUUGCCUAACGAACCUGGAGCUCUUCACAGAGGGGGAGGGAGAAGCGGGUGCAAAGCAGCCCUGUGGGCUCACUUAGCUGACGGUGAUUACAGGCAGUUCAUGCAUAGUCUGUACAGAUUAAUAGGUCCAUAAAGGACACCCCAAUAGACUAAAUUAUAUUUUUGUAUGGAUUUUAGUAUAUGUGUAUAUAUUUGUUUCUUUUCUUUUUUUUUUACUUCAAAUUUUUUACUCCAAAUGAAAAGCCAUUCUUUAAAUUCACAUCAGUAAAUCUUGGUACCAUGAAUUUAUUUUUAAAAAAUUUUUAUUCAUCACUCAUGGACAAGGACAACAGUGUGAUGAAGGGGGCGGGGGAGGGAGAGUUGGGAGUAGAAGGUGGUGGAGGUGAAAGAGGGCAUAGAGCGGAUAAAUGAUGAUGGAGAAAAACAAAAAAACUUUUCUGUAAAAAAUACCUUUCUCUUCUCACCCGAAAAAGAGACUUGACCACCACCCAGGAGGAGGAACAUGCUUGGGAAGGUGCAGGGAAAAGCACAAGGCAAUGUGUGUAUGGAAGGAGGAUGUAAGAUAGAGGGAAAUAGUCAUAAUAGGUAAACGGGUAGACAGAUUUUUAUGUACAAACUAGAGGCCCGGUGCAUGAAAUUCAUGCAAGAGUAGGCCUUCCUUCUCCUGGCUGCUGGCACUGGCUUCCCUCUGGCAACUGGGACCCGGGUUUCCCUCUGGCUCCAAGACCUGGGCUU